AUGGGACAGAGUACUUCACGAGUACAACCGUUUACGGAGAGCGAGCAGGUCUACGACCUCCCUCACAGUAAACCCCCAAAAUCCAGCCCCGACACGGCUGAGAAACAUCAUCCUCAUCGGCCUGAUGAGAAGACUGUGGAUGAAGGGGAGGGAACUGUGCUUCCCACCUCUCCUCUGAAAGAGAAAAAGAAGAGCAAUAAAAAGAAAGUGGUCCACUUCUUUAAAUGGUUCUCUUCCCGUUUGAGGAAAAAAAUCACCAAAAGCAAGAUCUCAGGUCAGGAUGAGAUGAAAGACCGAGAUCAGAAGCCUCAACAGCCCAUCUGCAGAUCUGUAGAGGUCACUGAUCUCGAGGAACCUCACACCAGUGUUCUUCAAGUCCCUCCUGCCGCUGAGUCUCUGGUGCAGAAAGACCUCCAAACUCAAGUCCACGAUGCUCCAGUCAGUGUGAGAGCAGGUGAAGUGUCUCCUCUGAUGAUAGAGUUGGACAGCAAUGAAGUGGACACGAGACCUGAAGACAUUUGCCGCCGAUAUGCAAUUGGCAGCAAGCUGGGUCAAGGUGGAUUUGGCGCUGUCUAUAAGGCGACUCGUUUGGAGGAUAGACUUAAGGUGGCUGUGAAAUUCGUCAAAAAGACAAAACACACGGAAUAUAUCAGCAUUCCUGAUCAUCCCAAGCCCCUUCCCAAAGAAGUCGCCCUGACAAUUCUGGCCAAUAAAGGCCCAGUGAUGGAUAUUAUUAGGCUGCUGGACUGGCAGGACCAGCAGAACUUCUACAUCAUUGUCGUCCAGCGCUUCUCACACUGCAUGGAUGUUUUACGCUUUGUGCAACGCAAUGGAGGCAGCAUCGAUGAGAAGUUAGCGAAGCUCAUCAUGUUUGGGGCAACACUAGCCGCCAGUGAAUGUUGUAGACGUGGAGUUUACCAUGGGGACAUCAAGUUAGAGAACCUGCUGAUAAACUUGGAGAACCUCCAAAUCAAACUAAUUGACUUUGGAUGUGGCAGUGUCCUGACAGAAUCUGCCUACACAAGCUUCAGUGGAACAGUUAUGUACUGCCCUCCCGAGUACAUACUGAAGGGGGAGUUCCAUGGAAAGCCAGCGACGGUCUGGUCUUUAGGGAUCCUCUUGUUCAGAAUGCUGUGUGGACACUUUCCAGAUAGUUAUGACUUCUACAGGACCAACCUGAACACCUGGUCCAAACCUGGCUUGACAGAAGAAUGCUGCUAUUUGAUCUGCUCCCUUCUGCAGCAAAAGCCAGAACGUCGGAUUGAUCUGGACAGGAUUGUUUACCAUGACUGGUUUUAGGUACUGAGCCUAAGAUGAGCUAAAAACUAUUUGAUUUGAGAUUUGACUAGACUUGUUAGACUUGUUCUUUAAAAUAAGGGUUCUUUAUUGGCAUCUAAUGGUUCC